AUGUCAAUCAACAACACUCAAUCUAACGAAACCAUUUACACUUUGGCAACAAUCUCCCAAGCCUUAGAAUGCUCUUCUGUUCCAGGAGUGAUAACACUUAGAUUAGAAAAUAUUAUUAGAAUAAAAACAUCUGAGUGGAAAGAAUGUUUAACAGAGAUUGGGGAAGCUUGUGCAGUCAAGUGGGUCAUUCACAACACCAAUAAGCAACCCACUAACAUUACUGCUGAAGAAGCCAAAGCAACUGGUAUUAAGUUGUGUUUUUCUCAGAAGUAUUCCUGUCAUCGUUGGGAAACCUAUGAAUCUAAGGCAGCUUUGCGUGUGGUUCAAAAGCGAACAAAGAAAAACAAGUGUUCUGCUUUUCUUCGUGUGAAAGGAUUCUUUAAGACACCCAAGUUUUAUGAAUUUGUUGUUACAAAAGAUCAUGCAGAGCAUACUCCUGGUAAUAUGCAUAGUGACAUUUGCACCCUUCCUCUUGCAAAGAAAUAUCUUCACGAGUUGGCUCAGCAAUUAGAACAGUUGUCAAAAUCUGCUAGUCAAAUUAGAAUUGAUAUGUUGAGAGCUGUAGAUCGAUAUGGUAGAAAGUCUGAAAGAAAAGUUAACUAUUAUGAUAUCUGGAAUUUGAUGAACAAAAUCAAUAACAAGCUGUAUCAUUUUGACAAAGACCAAAUGACUUCUUUCUUAAUUUGGAUGAACAACAAACUUCCUGCCUUAAACUUCAACAUCUUUAAGGCAAACACUUCAUAUUCUCCAGAUCUAUCAGCCUUUGCAUAUGGUUUUAUGUCAUCUGUUCAGCAAGAAAAAAUGAAAACCGCAACCUCUUUCUGUUUGGAUGCUACUCAUGUAAUCUCUAGCAACGUGAAUGAGAUUCUUUAUACCCUUUUGUGGCUGCAGUUCUUGAAGAGAUCUUCUUUGCUUGUUGACCCAAAGCAAUUUACUAUUGAUUGUUGUGCAGCAGAAGUUCAUGCCAUUCAGACAACUUUCCCUGCAACAUCCAUUCAAUUUUGCAUCUUUCAUAUAACCCAAGCAUGGAACCGAAAGUUAUCUGACAGUGUGAAGAUUCCUGGAUCCUUACCAUCAGAGGCACGAAUUUUACGUGGUGUAAUAAUGAAGUCUCUGCAAGAGAUCAUUUAUGAAGAAGACAUAGAUGAGUUUUAUCAUAAAAUUAUACAGUUUAAAGAAGACUUUGACGACCAAGAAAGCUUCUUGGAUUACUUUGAGAGAAACUAG